AUGCAGAUACCACCCAACCAGCCCCAGAUCCAGAUACCACCCAACCAGCCCCAGAUCCAGAUACCACCCAACCAGCCCCAGAUCCAGAUACCACCCAACCAGCCCCAGAUCCAGAUACCACCCAACCACCCCAGAUCCAGAUACUACCCAACCAGCCCCAGAUCCAGAUACCACCCAACCACCCAACCAGCCCCAGAUCCAGAUACCCCCCAACCAGCCCCAGAUCCAGAUACCACCCAACCAGCCCCAGAUCCAGAUACCACCCAACCAGCCCCAGAUCCAGAUACCACCCAACCAGCCCCAGAUACCACCCAACUAGCUCCAGAUCCAGAUACCACCCAACCAGCCCCAGAUACCACCCAACUAGCUCCAGAUCCAGAUACCACCCAACCAGCCCCAGAUCCAGAUACUACCCAACCAGCCCCAGAUCCAGAUACCACCCAACCACCCAACCAGCCCCAGAUCCAGAUACCCCCCAACCAGCCCCAGAUCCAGAUACCACCCAACCAGCCCCAGAUCCAGAUACCACCCAACCAGCCCCAGAUCCAGAUACCACCCAACCAGCCCCAGAUACCACCCAACUAG